GAGUCCAUGCGUAUGUUUAUCAUGACUGAUUAUUAUGAUCUGAACUGAUUAUUACGUGCUAAAGCUAUUGUAAAUCUUGUUGAGCGAUAAGUUAAAAUAUCAGUGAAUGGUGUAUUUGGCGUUUAGCUUUAUUUGCGCUGUUGUUCAGAAUAUAUAUCACAUUUAGUCAUGGAGGAAGUGGAGACAGCAGAGGAGCAGUUAGCCAAACAGCAUCGCAAGGAAAAGAAAGACCUGCAAGCAAAAAUACAAAGCAUGAAAAACGCAGUUCCCAAAAAUGACAAGAAGAGGAGGAAACAGCUGACAGAAGACAUCGCCAAACUAGAGGCCGAACUCUCUCAAAAACAUGAAAAUGAGCUCAAACUUCAGAACACUUCUUCAGUGGAAGAGGUUUCAGUUGCAUUGGAUUCUAUGAGUGUAGCAAAUCAUGAGGAACAAUCUGAUCCAAGCAAGCAAAGUCGGACAUCCAAAGCCCAGAAGAGGCGGGACAAGAAGGCUGCUCUUGAGAAGGAGCGAGAGAUGCGGAUUGCGGAGGCAGAGGUGGAGAAUCUCAGCGGCUCUCGUCAUCAGGAGGGUCUAAAGCUGCGUGAGAAGCUGGUGGAGAGACAUCUGCAGAUUAAAGAGAUCUCUUCUGAUGGCCACUGUAUGUACCGCGCUGUGGAGCAUCAGCUGACGGAGAGAGGACUCGCUCUCGGUCUGAAAGAGCUUCGGGAUCAAACUGCUCAGUACAUGAGGAGCCAUGCAGAUGACUUCAUGCCCUUUCUUACAAACCCUAAUACAGGAGAUAUGUACACUGCAGAGGAGUUUGAGAAAUACUGCACUGAUGUUGCAGACACCGCUGCAUGGGGCGGACAGUUAGAGUUGAAAGCCCUUUCCCAGGUCCUCCAGCUACCCCUAGAGGUCAUCCAGGCAGAUUCCCCGUGUAUUACUAUUGGUGAAGAAUACGACAAGCCAAAAAUCACACUCAUUUAUAUGCGGCAUGCGUAUGGACUUGGAGAGCAUUACAACUCUGUGGAGCCUCUGAAAGAUUUGGCAAACGAGGAAGAGGGCUGACCCGGUCACUGACACGCAUUAAUUUAUGCAUCUGUGCAUAAUUAGCCUGUAGAAAUGGGCCGUGUGGAAUUGGAUUCCAUUUUGCUAGGAUCGGCAGAAUUGAGGUUGUUCGGUCAGAUGCUCACUGAAGAUCCUGAAAUAACCCCCUCUGGUCACUUCAGUUGCAGUGGACAAACUUAAUAUAACAGAGUUGUUCAUGAAUAAACUGUGUGCUUUGUGUUCUUAUAAAACCACAUAUCUGCAAGUCAUUUGCUCUAAAAAGCUGCUGGAUCGGGCUCAUAGGCCAUUGAAUAAAAACUUUAUUAAUAA